UCCAUGGACUGUACCUAAGCAAUGAAUAUGAGAUAAACUAGAUAGAUUGUAUUGAUGUGUGAUGGCAACUCUUAUGCACUUGAAUCCUCCCCAGGCCUUUCGUUCUCAUUCGAGGCCAAGGAGAUGGGGACGACCCAUUUCUUACCACAAUGCAGCUCUUGUCAAAUUCACAUCCCCGAAAUGUUGCGCACCGGGAAAUCAAUCUCAAUCAGAGCAGCAAGAGCAAGAGAAGAUUAGUAGCAAUGGGGAAAAGAAAGAGAGUAGGCAAAGAAUGCAAGCAGACUCCACAGACUGGAUUGCCUCUUCUUUAACAAGGAGGUUUGGCCUCGGGGCAGGUCUCGCCUGGUUCGGCAUUCUGGCUUUUGGUGUCGUCUCCGAGCAAAUUAAAACCCGCCUUGAGGUUUCUCAGGAGCAACAAAAUAUCAGAGAUGUGGAGAGCACCCAAGAAGUGAUACUUCCUAAUGGGAUCAAAUAUGUGGAUCUCCGUAUAGGUGGAGGUCCUUCACCCAGAACAGGAGAUUUGGUUGUGAUCAGUUUGCAAGGGAAAAUCAAAAGCACUGGAUAUGUGUUUGUGGACACAUUUUCAGGCCGCAAGAGCUCUCUGGCCUUUCUGUUUGGUAUUAGGCCUUACACUAAAGGUAUAUGUGAGGGGCUUGAGUAUGCAAUAAAAACAAUGAAAACUGGUGGAAAGAGAAGAGCUGUAAUCCCCCCUGAACGUGGAUUUGGGAAGACAGGUGCAUAUUUGGAUGGGGAUAUUUUGAUACCACCAGAAGCCACCCUGGAAUACGUAGUUGAACUUCAGAAAGUUUCAAUUCCACCUUCUUAAUUUGCAGAAAGAAGAUUUUUCUGCUUCAAGUCCUUAUCCUUAAAAAUAGCUCUGGUAGCAUCUAUAUGGAAAUGCGUGCAUCAACAAAAUCAUAUUUCUACUCCCCCAAAGAUGUGAUUGCAUUUGAUAAAUUAAUAGGGGUUCAGAUUUUGUCUCCCAUUUUAUCAUAGGUCUUGUAUUUGUACUUAUUUUGAAUUCAAUCUUCUCAUUUGUUUUCUAUUUCAUUGUUUUCUAAUAUCAAUUCUAAUUUAUGGCACUUGUGAAGAGAACUUGGACUAUAAUUGGUACAGUAUUCUUAUUCUAAUACAUAUAUAUUAGCAAUAAAAAAAUUCUAUGCUUUACAAUCCA